AUGGGGGAAUACACAGCAGGAAGACCAAAUGAAACAAAUUUUGUGGAAUUCAUCCUCAUGGGCUUCCCUGGGUCUGUGUAUUUACAGGUGUCCAUGUUCAGCCUCUUUCUUAUUAUGUACAUCCUGACAGUUUUUGGAAAUGCCUCCAUCGUUAUUCUGCUGAUAACUAACCGACGUCUCCACACACCCAUGUAUUUCUUCCUUUGCAAUCUUUCUUUCUUAGAGGUAUGGUAUACAACAGCUUCGAUUCCUAAGAUCCUUGCCAUUUUCCUGGGAAAGAGCAGAAGCAUCUCUUUCACUGCCUGUGUCCUGCAGUUGUAUUUUGUUUAUUCCUUGGGGACUACGGAACAAUUCCUGCUCUCUGUCAUGGCUUAUGACCGAUAUUUGGCCAUAUGCCACCCCCUGCACUACAAUACAAUUAUGGACAUCAGCCUCUCUGGCAAAAUGGCAUUUGGUUCUUGGCUAUGUGCUUUCUUUGUUGUUUCUAUACCUGCUGUUAUGAUUUCAAGGUUGUCCUUUUGUGAGUCCAAUGUGAUCAACAAUUUUUACUGCAGCAUUGAUUCGUGGAUAGUUCUGUCCUGCACAGACACCUAUGCCAUCGAGACAGCCUGUUUCGUCAUAGCCAUCUUUGUCAGCAUUGGCUCCUGUAUGAUAACCUUCCUUUCCUACAUAUUCAUUAUCAUUACUAUCCUGCGCAUUCCUUCCACCAAAGGACGACAAAAGGCCUUUUCCACAUGUUCCUCCCAUCUUGCCAUCUUGCUUCUUUGGUAUGGUUCAGCCAUCUUUUUAUUUGUCAAGCCUUCUAAACAGACCUCUUUAGAGAUGACUAAAAUAGUGAAUGUCCUGAACACUAUUGUGACUCCAUUGCUGAACCCUUUCAUCUACACACUAAGAAAUAAAGAAGUAAAGGAUGCAUUCAGACAUUCAUUGCAGUGGAGAUGUCACAAAAUACACAUGGUAUGA